AUGGUUGAUGACAGCUUUCUCCUUGUCCCUAUCACCCUUUUCUUCCUGUAUGGCCUCCUGUUCAUGGUGGCAAGGUUCUUCCUGCUCACCACCAUCCGGCACCUAAAGGAGAUGGUGGCGGCGAGGAGCAGCAGCACCAGAGACAGGCCCUGGAUUCUGGGAGGCGGCGUCGAGGGACCUGGCGGAGCUGGUGAAGCGGGGCAGCCUGCCCUGCUGCAGCUCCCCCAGUGCCCCGAGCGUGCAGCAGAAGGAGCCUCAGCACCGCAGUCAGGUGCUGACAGACAGAUGGGUCGGCCACGGUGCUCCUGCCCCAGCUGCAGCCGUUGCAGCAAAGCUGACCAGGAGCUGCAGCAGCUGGUGCUGUCAGCACUGCCUGAGCACGCAGCAGCUCCGGGCCCUGGAUUCUGGGAAGUGGCUUGGAGGGACCUGGCAGAGCUGGUGGAGCGGGGCAGUUUGUCCCGUUGCAGCUCCCACAGUUCCUGGACCUCUACCGGCAGAAACAAGGACUCCCUUAAUGUGCACCAAGGAGCCUCGACAGAGCAGGUCCCUGUCUGUGCCCCUGGACAUGUGCAGACUGGCAUGGCCCACACAAAUUCCGGAACACAGCAGAGCUGGUUGCGCUCUUUUCUGCUGCGUGGUGUGGGCUUCUUCUGGCGGGAAACAAAACUUGCCCAGACGAAGAAUCAAGGUGGCAAGGCAUCCAGCAGAGCAGUAGGGGAUUCCACCAAGUACUGCUUUUCCAGCUGGCCACCACCAGCAGAGGACUGCAUUUUACGUGAGAAUAUCCUCCUCCCAGAUGGACGGCUGCCUCAGAGACCGGAUAAUCUGGUGCCCCCUCCAGAGUGGGCAGUGAAUCCACCAGCACUGCGUAGCAGCUACACAGAGGCUGCAGGAGUGGCAACAAGAAGAUCAGCUCCAAUCUGCAGAGAUGUUGGGACUUCUGACAGAGAAGAGAACUGCCAGUGUUCCUAUGGUGCACAGCACAGCACUGAUAUGGGCAGUGCCAAGGAAAGGGGAAGAGCUUAUGAGCUUCAUGCUGGGACCUGCUCCUGCACAGUGCCACCACAGCUGGGGACAGUUGCACAUGAGAACAUCAUGCAAACAGGUGCGGCUAUACGUUGGUGGGAGCAGAAUAAACAGCAGCCUGUUGGAUUGUGUACGUGUCCACCAGAAGUUCUCCAAAAGCAUGGGACAAUAAGACCACCAGCAGCAGCACCUUCAUGCCUGGCUCCGCAAGGUGAGUGCAGAAGUGCAGCCAGCGAGUGUCUGAGCACUGCCAUUGGGGGCUGGAGAAGCACAGAGCAGCCCUUCUGCACCUGCAUGCAUUCAUCUGGGAAAGAGAGACUUCAUCAAGCAAACCAGGGGCAAAGUUGGUGGGACAACAGCAAGGCCCGGAAGCGUUCUGCAUUGUCUGAGUCCUCCCCAAUGUUCUGGGGGGGCUGUAUAACUGCAGAAUCAGAAAGAAAUGCAGAGAAGGCAGGCCGGCACUGCAUGAGAAAGUUGCACUGGUACGUGCACUAGCCCCCCAGACAUGCCGGGAAGGAGACAUGGGGCUCCAAAGCAGACAGAGGUGCCAAAAAGCAGCCUCAUAGCAUCUGCUUUGGCUCGCUGCCACCAGGGCACGUGACAAUAGUACGUGGCAUUCGCUAUGGUCCGGCUAAGUUGCCGGUAGGAGGUCGCCCAGCUGUUUCCUGCAUGGCUCUUGGCCACUGGCAGAC